AUGUUUGCCAGGACGGCUCGACGUCAAUUGCAAUCGAGCACUGGUUUAUCAUGUCUGGCUCGUUCAUUUUCGAGCACGGCGCCGGUUAGGGCUGAUUUUACUCAUGUCAUCAUAGGCGGCGGCGUCGUCGGGCUAUCCAUAGCCCGAGCCCUCGCCUCCCACAACGCCGCCCACAACCCGAGCAACACCACGCUCCUACUAGAGCGCCACCCGCACCUCGGCACGGAAACCUCCUCGCGCAACAGCGAGGUCAUCCACGGGGGCCUGUAUUACGGCCCUACUUCCCUGAAAACGCGGCUCUGCGUCGCCGGCCGCGAACAGCUAUACGCCUUCUGCAAGGCGCACGCCGUGCCGCACCGGAAGACGGGGAAAUGGGUCGUGGCCCAGGACGCGAGCCAGUUGGAGAGCUUGCAUCAAAUCCACGAGACGUGCGCGAGGGAAUUGGUAGGAGUAGUGCCGACGCGGUUCGUGGGCAAAGAGGAGGCGCGGAGGUUGGAACCGGGGGUACGUGCUCACGCGGGCGUGCUCGAGAGCCCGGAAACGGGGAUCGUGGAUUCGCAUGCGUUGAUGGUUGCGCUGCGCGGGUUGUUCGAGGAUGAGGGGGGUGUGGUGGCGGUGAAUUCCAACGUCGUCGGUAUCGAGGCCCUGCGCUCCUCGUCACCUACCUCCUCCAACAGUAACAGUAACAGCAGCAACCCCGGCAGCGCAGGCUACCGCCUCACAGUCCGCGACUCCUCCACCGGCGAAGCAUCCAGCAUAACAACCUCCACCCUAAUCAACAGCGCCGGCCUCGGCGCCUUCGCGAUAAACAACCUUAUCCUGCCGCCCGAAAGGCACGUCCGCGCCUACUUCGCAAAGGGAAACUACUUCAGCUACGCCGCCUCCGCGCCCCGCGUCUCCCGGCUCGUGUACCCCGUCACGCCGCCCGGCGCGGGCGGGCUAGGCACGCACCUCACCCUCGAUAUGGCGGGACGCGUGCGCUUCGGGCCCGAUGUGGAGUGGGUUACGUCUCCCGCGGACUUAGCUGUGAGCGCGGCGCGGUUACCGGCUGCUAUAGCGGAGAUAAGGAAGUAUCUGCCUGGUAUCGAUGUCGAAGCUCUGGCGCCGGAUUACGCGGGGAUUAGGCCGAAGCUGAGGCCUGCGGGCGCGGUGGGGGAUGGGGGUAAGGAUAAGGGGAAGGGGGAUAAGGGGGAUAAGGGGGGGAGCGGGUUUGUGGAUUUUUAUAUCAGGAAGGAGGACGGGUACGAGGGCUUUGUUAAUCUGCUGGGCAUUGAGAGUCCCGGGUUGACGAGCUGUCUUGCGAUUGGCGCGUUGGUGAGGGAUAUGCUGGUUGGGAGUGCUAGGGUGGAAGGGUCGGCAAGGCUGUGA